AGAGGACAAAGUAGCGAGGUGGAGAGAACUGUUUUUUCCCCCUUCACAUACAACGUCCCUGUUUUCUCCCAGUACGGGUCACAUGUCCAUCUUGGCCCGCUCCCCUCUCACACCCUUAUGGAUGUGCUACCUGGUAGGCAUUAGGAGAAACGCGGUGGGCCAGCCCACCGCAUCCGGAAGCGAUCUGUAUGAAACUCUUGGGCUCCUCAUCCCAGCUUAUAGGGGGUUGAGCCAGGCUAAUGGGUGCGACGGCAAACAAGAGAUUCCUCCUGCGGCUGACCGACGGAGGCUGGCAAGUGGUCGAGGGCCUCGGAUUAAAAUUGAGCACCCAGUUCAGGCACAGUCUGGCGCCUUGGGGGCUGUUCCACAGUUAUCCUUCUGGUCUCGCACCAGCCAUACCAGGAACAUAGCUUGGGGAUUGAUGCCGACGAGUCAUGGUGAUUCGUUGCUUAAUCCCGUCAACAAGGGACGCGAGAGAGAGGCGUAACGACGUACAGCCACAGUGAGGACGUCACUGGCGCAAAUAAAGGGGGCUUUGUGCAAGCCCUCUCUCUCCCUCCUCCAUCCUUUUCCUCUCUCUCUCUCUCUCUCCUCUCCACGGUCGUGCACGCGUC